AUGCCCAUUGAAAAAUCUCAACCAUUUUUCUUUCUUGAUGCGAAGUCUCGCCUUUGGCAGUGGCUACUACAGUACUGUGUCUACUGGUGCGAAAUAUUAUCGUGGGGUUUCCCCUUAAGACACCACUAGUCAUUAUAAGGACAGCACAGCAUAAUAUACUUCUAUAAACAAAUGGUUAAAUGUCUAACUAUAUAGUAUGUCUAGCGCAUUUUUGUGAACUUCAUGGUCCAUCCACAAUAAUUGUUACUCAAGUAUCUAGUCCAAAUUUACAAGAUGAUCAUAUUCUACCACCUACAAGUAAAUUACAAGCUUGUGCUAGUUGUGAAUUAAUUAUAAAGAAUGGAUCAAAUAAUAUUAUAACUCGAGAAAAUAUUAAGAAUCAACCUGAACGAGUAUUUAUUCUGAAUCAUUAUCCUGCUUCAGAAAAAAGAUAUACAGCAUUAACAAAACUUGUAAAUAAAUCUUUAUCAGUAGAGACAACUUCUGAUAUAUCAAAACCUUUAUUUUAUGGUGAUGCAAUUAAUGGAUAUUGUAUUAAUAAAAUAUUUAAAAUUAAAGAUAUUAAUGCUCGUGGUUCAGAAAGAAAAUAUGCUGUAAUGGUAGUAUGUGAUUCAGAAACUGAUAUAUUAUCAAAUUGGGAUAUUAUAUCUUUAUAUUUUAGUGAAAUUAUUAGUUUAAUUCAGGAAAGAGUAGAGAAUACUUUUGAAGAUUCAUUAAAUAAAAAGGAAUCUGAUGGUCAUGAAAAUACUGCUAUGUUAGAUAAUGAAAGAUACCUUAGACGGUCUAUGAUUAAACCUCGUUCAUUAGUUGAAUUAACUAAUGAUGAUCAUAUCUUUGUAAAGUUCCACCUUUGGAGUAUGGAAUUAUUAAAAGACAUCUUACGAUAAGCAACUAACUAACUAACUUAUAUAUAUAUAUAUAUAUAUAU